AUGGCAGUGGGUUGGCCGCCUUAACGCUCUGGUUCGCCUCCCCACCUCGUGCCGCCGCCGCGCUCGCCGGAUUCCCGCUCGCGUCCUCCUCGCCCCUCGUGAUUCCUGAGAGGUGGUUUGUUUCGGUGACCAAUCCACCCGUGGGUCAUGGCGUCUCUGGUUUCUCCCUCGCUCUCCCUACCCACCGUCCAGGGGCGCUCGCGCCUUGCGGCAGCGCCGCGCCGGCGAUGGAGGAUGUUGGUGGUGCGCGCGAAGGUGCGGGAGAUAUUCAUGCCGGCGCUGAGCUCGACGAUGACGGAGGGGAAGAUCGUUUCCUGGACGGCCGCCGAGGGCGACCGCGUCGCGAAGGGCGACCCCGUGGUGGUCGUCGAGUCCGACAAGGCCGACAUGGACGUGGAGACCUUCCACGACGGCAUCGUCGCCGCCGUCCUCGUACCGGCCGGCGGUACCGCCCCCGUCGGCGCACCCAUCGCCCUUCUCGCCGAGUCCGAGGAGGAGGUCGCGCUGGCGCUGGCGCGCGCCCAGGCCCUCUCCCAAAGCCAGGGUCAAGAACCCCCUCCUCCCCAUGCCGCCGCCGCCGCGGAGGCGCCACCUGCUCCAGCGCCAGUGGCGGCUCCGACCAAGGGCAUCGCGACGCCUUACGCCAAGAAGCUCGCGAAGCAGCACAGGGUGGACAUCGCCGGGGUUGUCGGCACCGGGACACACGGCCGCGUCACGGCGGCUGACGUUGAGGCAGCUGCUGGCUUCAAGCCGAAGCCAAAGGUUGCUCCACCUCCACCCCCUGCCUCUGUUGGUUCCGCGCCUCCGGUGGCUGCGGGUGCAGUGCUUCCACCAGUGCCCGGUGGUGCGGUGGUGCCGUUGACGACAAUGCAGACGGCGGUGAGCAGGAACAUGGUGGAGAGCUUGUCAGUGCCAACGUUCCGGGUCGGAUACUCCAUGAUCACUGAUAAGCUCGACGCACUCUAUGAAAAGGUUAAGUCGAAGGGGGUCACAAAGACAGUGUUGCUGGUGAAGGCGGCGGCUAUGGCACUCAUCCAGCACCCUGUUGUGUACGCCAGCUGCAGGGAUGGGAAGAGCUUCAGUUAUAACAGUAAUAUCAACAUUGCAGUGGCCGUUGCAAUCGAAGGUGGCCUUCUUACGCCAGUCUUGGAGGAUGCGGAUAAGUUGGAUAUAUAUCUGCUUGCGCAAAAGUGGAGAGGGCUGCUCAAGAAGGCACGCACGAAGCAGCUACAACCAACUGAAUACAGCUCAGGGACGUUUACACUGUCCAAUUUGGGUAUGUUCGGGGUGGAUAAAUUCGAUGCUAUCCUUCCACCUGGUCAGGGGGCUAUCAUGGCUGUUGGAGCUUCGCGACCUACUGUGGUGGCUGACAAGGAUGGUUUCUUUGGUAUCAAGAACGAAAUGCUGGUGAAUGUUACUGCUGAUCACAGGAUUAUCUAUGGUGUUGAUUUGGCAGCAUUCCUGCAAACGUUUGCAAAGAUUGUUGAGGAUCCUGAUAGCCUCACAUUGUAAGGAAAAGUUCCUUACAUGUCUGUGAUUUGUUUUGAUUCCCAAUUGGGAGACAGUAGCAAUAAAUAAUAAUGCUAUGGAGAGUUUGUAAAGGGCAUUUAAGUAGACUAAUGAGUUUCUCUCAAUGUUAUUUCCACAAAGAAAACUUUGUUUAUAGUUUAUACAAACCUUAAAACACGGGCCUGCUUGUUAUCUAUACCAUGUUUCUUUUCCUGGAUGUA